AUGCUUAGCACGUCAACUGAUGAUGCUGAAUACCCGGUGUGCGAUGUCAACUUUGCAUACACCCACGGUGGACCGGAUCGAACUAAUGUCAAUUAUUGGAUGCCAGCUCCCGCCGAUUUCAAGAACCGCUACGUAUCGACUGGCGGCGAAGGAUGGAACAUUACUGAGGAGAAUUCCUUUCUCCCUAGUGGAAUCGACAUGGGUGCGGUGGCCGGUACCACGGACGGUGGAUUUGGUGGCUUUGAUGUUAGCUCCUGGGAAGUCUGGUUGAAUGGCGGCGGCGAGGUCAAUUGGGACACUGUCUAUAUGUUUGGUUAUAAGGCCAUUGAUGAGCUUAGUCGGAUCGGCAAGGAACUCACCAAGUCCUUCUACAACAUGAUGGUUGCUCCGAGGGAGACCCAGAUUCAGCAUCUGUGGUCUCAAUUUGUCGAGUACCAGCUCGACUACUACCCGCCAUAUUGUGAGUUGGUGAAGAUUGUCACCCUCACCACCGAUGCCUGUGAUCAUCUGGACGUCCGGGUAGACGGGGUGGUCGCUCGCACGGAUCUGUGUAAGCUGCAUUUCAACUUGAAUUCGACCACCGGUGAAGCCUAUAGCUGUGGCUCAUCGGCCGAGAUCCCCAAUUUCAUGCCUUAUAUCCCAGCUCAAAAUGGAACCGUGACUGCAGAGGGUGUGGCUGUCGCUCGGGAGAUCCUCAAUGGUGCACAUGACAACCUUGGCCGACGCAUUUACAUGUCCUAUCAGCCUACAGCUUCUUUUCAAGCUGCUGUCACUUCCUAUAACGAGACCACCGGGGAGUAUGGUGCAUACUUCGUUGAGCAGUCCGCCCAGUGGGUUGAAAUUGGGCUGAAUUCGUUGACCAACGGUUCAGCUCUUUCUAGCUUUCAAGGCGUGACAAGGGAUACCUUCCGUGACUGGAUUGCCACUGGCUUCCAGAAAUACUACGAUUCCCUCGAGACCACCUGGCCUGACCUUUCAGUCUGGCACAACGCCGGGGGCAAAGUUCUUCACUACCACAGCGAGUCCGACCCCCAGGUUCCAACCUCUGGCUCAGUCCGUUACUAUGAGUCGGUCCGAAGCAUCAUGUACCCCGAUCUCUCCUACAACCAGGUCCUUCAACCCAACGCUCCGUGGCCGGAGACUACCUUAGCCACCCUAAUUGAUUGGGUUGUGAAGGGAAUCGAGCCCAAGACACUUAAUGGGACUGUGCAGUCUACUGGUGCUCAGCAGCAAAUCUGUGGUUGGCCCCUUCGUCCAUACUGGACCAACAACGGUACCCAGUUCCAAUGCGUCUAUGACCAAGAGUCUCUUGAUACCUGGAAAUACGAACUCGAUGCCUUCAACAUGCCGGUUUUCUGA